AUGCAAUUUGAAGAUGACGCCGCGAAUUCUUGUGAUGCAUUCCUCAUGGCUGAUAACUUUUCUCCUUCAGAAUAUAUACGAGAACGGUUGAAAGGCGUUCGAAGCGGAGACGAAACCAAGAAGUUGCAAAAGUUGCGGAGUGAAAUGAACGCCAUAAAUCAUGCUUCACAGGAAAUGCUCAAACACAAUGUGUUUCAAAAUUACCAACAAUUUAUUGACGCUUCAAAGGAGAUCUCACACCUUGAGCAAGAAAUCUAUCAACUUUCCUCGCUAUUACUAGAUCAAAAGCAAUUGAUUGAAAACAUGAUGCAAAUGACGGGAGAUGACAAGUCCUCAGUGCAGACUGCAUCUAGUCAUUCAGCAUCUGUGGCUUCCAUAACUCCUAUUCAAGUACUCAUGCAAAAAAUGGACGGUAUCGCUAGUAUCCUCAACAACAUGCGGAGCUGUGAUAAAAUAUUACUCUACGGCGAGAUGAUGCUUCUCGAUCCCGAAACGAAAGAGGAUAUAAAUCGUGCGAUGUUGGUGCUACUCUCCGAUAGGCUCUUGAUUGGUAAUAUCACUCCAUCCGGCAAAUACAAGUAUCUACUACUGAACCAAUAUUUCAAAGAGCAUGUGGUGUCAUUUUUCAUCUUUAGCCUCGAAUCGACGUUCUCAUUAAACAAUUUGGCAGUCGUUAACGUAAAGGACCGAGAAAGUGGGGCAGCUGUAGCAGACCAGCUACUGAAGUUAUUGGUGUUCCCAGAGCAAAGGUAA